AUGUCUUUUGAAACCUAUGACUGGAGUGAUAUUGUUCCAAUCGAGCAAGACGACGGGCCUGAGCCCCUCGCCCAAAUAGCAUAUGAUCCAGAAUAUUCUAAAGCUAUGGGCUAUUUUCGCGCACUUGCCCAAAAGAAUGAACAAAGCGAAAGAGCCUUAACUCUCACAGAAAAGAUAAUUGAACAUAAUCCUGCUCAUUACACUAUUUGGCAUUACCGCCAGCAAGUUUUAUUUUCUUUGAAUAAAGAUUUAUAUGAAGAAUUAGAUUUUAUUCAGAAGCAAGUUGAUCAAAAUCCAAAGAACUAUCAACUUUGGCAUCAUCGACAAGUAAUUGUUGAGAAGCUUAAGGACUUCUCUCUCGAGCUGUCAUUCACCGAAGAGGUCUUGAAUGAUGAUUCAAAAAAUUAUCAUGCGUGGACUUAUAGGCAAUGGGUCAUCAGAACUUUUAAUCUUUGGGAUAACGAAUUAUCUUUUGUUAAAAAAUUAUUAGAAAAGGAUGUACGAAAUAAUUCUGCGUGGAACCAGAGAUAUUUUGCAAUAUUUUAUAAUCCUACGAAACCUACCGAAGAAUUUCUGGAACAUGAGUUAGCUCCUAAUAAUAUAAGUCCGUGGAAUUAUAUUAAGGGAAUUAUCGCAAAGUCUAUACUAAAAAUUGAUAUAUUGGAAGAACUUUGUAAAUCACUUUAUCAGCAAGGCAUUAUAUCGCCACAUGCACUUGGAUGUCUCGUUGACAUUUAUGAAAGUCGUGCUAAAUGUGGUUCAAUCAGUGAAAAAGAAUUAGGGAUUCAGGUAUUUUUAUAG